AUGGAUACCAUAGUCGAAAAUAUUCCUCAUUGCAACAAGCCAUUAAGUAUGGUAACAAAAUUAUAUGACAUUUGCAACUGGUAUGAAAUUGAGAAUGUGGCAAUUGAGUACCAUGACUUAAACAGAACUAUUUGCAUAAGUUAUAAAGAACUUCUUGUUACAAAAACUAUGCUUUCUGAUUUCUUACAAAACAUAAACGGUUUCAAAUUUAUUGGCAUUAAUUUUGAUGUUCCUGAAUAUUGUGUAAUUUCGUUAAUGCUUGGGAUUUUAAGUUGUGAAUUUAGUUUUGUAAUUAUACCAGUCAAUGAAACAGAGUAUACAAAGUUAAAAAAUAUGUUACAUAUACAUUAUUUAUUUUGCAAAGACACAAUAAUUGAAGGAAAUAUUAUGAAGGAAUUUAUAAUACAUGGUGAACGUAUAUAUUUGAUGAAACUGAAAGAAAAUCAAAAGCAAGAUAUGCAGUACAGUGACAGAAAUCAUUAUGCUUAUGCUAUUUGUACUUCUGGUUCAACUGGUGCACCAAAAGUUGUUAAAGUAAUGCAUGCUUGUAUAAUUCCCAACAUACUAGAUUUGAAAGCAAAAUUAAAUAUCCAAAAAUGUGACAAAAUUGCUCAGUUUACAAGCUUCACAUUCGAUCCAAGUAUCAUUGAAAUUUUCCUUGCUCUAUCAAGUGCUGGAACAUUAUUUAUGAGUUCAAAGUCACUGAAAAAUAAUGCAAAUAGAUUUUUGGAAGUAGCUUAUUCUAGUCAAAUUACUGUAUUGCAAAUGACUCCAUCAGUCUUUUUGUACAAUUGGACAACCGAACGACUAAAGGCCACUAUUCUAAGUGGUAAUACUUCACUCAGAGUUCUUCUUUUAGGUGGAGAACCUUUUCCCAAAUUAGAGUUAUUUUUAGAAGCAAAGCAUCCUAGUAAUAAUACAAGAUUCUACAAUAUUUAUGGUAUCACAGAACUAUCUUGUUGGGCUAGUAUCAAUGAAAUUAUAACUACAGACAUGCAAUCUAACACACAGUACCUAGGACAAGUAUUAUCACAAACUACAUUUCAAGUUAAAAAUGAAAAAGGGGAACUAGUAUCAAACGGUACAGGCUUUCUUUAUAUAGGAAGUGGUAGCAGAAUAUGUGUGAUAGAUGAUGAAAAUGUACAAGAUUUAAAUCUACCACUAUUUCGUGACAGUGGUGACAUAGUUUAUAUUGAUGAAGAAAGUAGAAUAUUUUAUAAAGGAAGGAGUAAUAAUAUCAUAAAAAGAUUUGGAAAUAAGAUACAUUUGACAGAACUAGAAAAAUUUGUAUUACAAGUAAAGUUUAUUAAAAAUUGUUACGUAUUAUGGGAUGAGAGCCACCACAAAUUGUAUCUGUGUUUAGCUACUAAGGAGAAAGUUACUGAUUAUUCCAUCAUGAAUAAUGUCAUGGUAGAACACUUACAAAAUUUACAUCCUUUGUACAGACCAGACAAAAUUCUUUUUUUAGAACAUUUUGAAUUUACCUCCAGUGGAAAAAUCUCUACAAAUUUUUUAAAAAAGUGUAUAGACGAACAAAUGAUAAAUACAGUAACAAACAAUACUGAUACCCAAAAAGUUGAAGAAAUUCUUAGGUCUCUUUGGAGAAAUAGUUUAAAUGGUGAAAACAGUGGAUUUUUAAAAUUAGGUGGUACAUCUAUAAUAGCAUUGCAAAUAUCAAGUACUAUGUCUAAACAAAUGAAUGUGGAAUUUCCUGAAUUAAUUGGCAUGUUAUUAAAUGAUGCUACUAUUGAUGAAUGUUUUAAUUAUGUAACAAGUAUAAUAUCUGAUGUCAAAGAUACAACAAUUAACUCCUUUAAAUCUGCCCCUAAUAACAAACAAAUAAUACCUUUAAUUCACAAUUUAGUGCAAGAUAAGGUAUUAUUAAAACAAUCUAAUGCACAGAAUUAUGAUUCUGGAUCAGUGAUUAGGAAAACUCCAGUUUAUAAAUAUCAGUGGCACAAAUGCAAAGGACACAUAAAUAUCGAAUCUGCGAGUAUAGAUAAUGUAUCUAAAUUACAAUACAAUACAAUUUCCAAAAUUGAGAUAUUAAAAACCUUUAAUUUAUACAAGUGUAUAGACGCAUCGCCAAUUAUAUUUCGUUACUCAGAUGAAAAGACAUAUGCAACAGUAGGAUCACAUUCUGGAUUAAUUACCACACUUCAAUUAGAACUGGAAAGUUGCUUUCCUGCAUUCACAGUUAAAUUACCUGAUAGAAUUGAAGCUUCAGUUUUAAUUUUGGAUGAUUUCAGGGGUAUAGUAGGGUGUUACGAUGGUAAUGUUUAUUGUAUAGAUUUAAAAACAGGGAAAGUUAUCUGGAAACAUCAGACAGGAGAUGUUGUGAAAUGUUCAGCAGUAGCUUGCAAAGAACGAAGAAAAAUAUUUGUUGGAUCGUAUGAUUGUUAUAUAUAUUGCCUCUCUAUAAAGGAUGGACUUGAAAUUUGGAAAGAUAAGACUAGCAGUGGAAGUAUUAGUGCUUCUGGCUGUUUACACUUACCAUCAGAUUGCGUGUUAUUUGGAACUUUAGACGGUUCUUGUUUGGCGCUAGAACAAUCGUCAGGAAAAGUUAUUUGGAGACAUAAAUUAACGGAUCCUAUUUUCAUUCCACCAGUGACGUUAAGCACCGGUCUUGUCUUAUUUUGCUCUGUAACAGGAACACUGAUAUGCUUUGACAUUGAAAUUAAUGUUAAGAUGUGGCAAUACAAGGUCAAUGGCAAUGUAUUUGCAUAUGUUGUGAAGCAAAACGAUCCACUUACAAGACGCGAAAGUAUAAUUUUAGCUAGUCAGAACAAGAAUCUGUAUCAUUUGGAAUCGACAGAUGCGAACUUUAGAACUCAACCUACUUUGAAAUAUGUAUUGAGCCUUGAGUCACCAGUUUUUGCAACUCCCUGGUGCGAAAAUAACAUUUUGUUUAUAGCAUGUACAGAUGGCACUCUAUAUAUUUAUAAUUUUAUAACAAAUACAUUGACAAAAACUGAAAAGCUUCCUGGUGAAGUAUUUUCGUCGCCAGUUGUUUACAAUGACAUCGUUAUAAUUGGAUGCCGAGAUAAUAAUAUUUAUGUGUUAAAACUUAUAGGUUGAUUAAUGUAUAACUUGUUUUUUUAUUUACUUUAAAUCUGCCCCAUUAAUAUAUUAUGAUAGAGACGCUAGGAAUACAGACUGAUGAAAUUAAUACAAUAUCAUUUAUUUUUUUUGCGACUGUCACAUUUACAGUUACGUGGGUAACACUUUAGAUAAAGUAAUGGCGCAACAUGUAACCGCCGUUCAAUGAAUUUCGUACGUGAUAUGAAUUCGCGGUGCGCUUAUACCUUCAAGCAAGAAUAGAAGCGAAAUAAAAAUUCUGAGAAAUAGCCAAUCACUUGGUAACAAAACAUUCGCCUAUACAUUGAUGUGCACGUACAACAUUUCGAAGAAAAUGCGUGUUUGUGUAUAACUGUCUUUUUUCAAUUUAUUAAUACGUCCCCUUAAUUGAUAGUGACCAUAAAUACUGGAUAAGGAAAUAUUCUGGUUCUCAAGCUCACAUAAAGUAACAACGUUUCAACGAUUUCAUCUUUUUUAUACUCUCAUUCUUGUAUAUCUGAGAAUGAGAAAUAAUAUACAUUUAACUAUUUAAUUUAUAUUUAUAUGCUUGGCCGCUCUCUUAACCUUUUUCCCCUAAUACUUCCAUAUAGAUUUCUCCCCUGUAAUUAAUCUCAGUUACAGGCAGUUGUUCUUUAUGAGUGCUGUAGCUCAUGCAUUUUUGUUUGAUAUACAUAUUUGGAGUUCUCAAAUAAUAUCACAACUAAAUGUGCAGAAAUAUGGUAUAAUUACUAUUACUACACCGUGGCAUCGGCAUACUAUCUAGAUAUCAGCGCGUCGAUUUACUUGUUUUUUUUUUAAAUUACCUUCAUCUUGUACCUCAUUUCGUAACUCUAUUUCAACGACUGCGAGUAACAGUACAUCUACAAAAAUUCAUUCAAAUUUACAAUUUUGAUGAAUUCGUAUUCUUUCAUUUGAUACUUAAAAUAUGACAUAUUUAUGAUGUCGUGUUA